UCAAUAGAAGGGAAGUUACACGGUUCAGUAAUCACCACCUCCGACUCGACACACACCACACAGCCGACAGCCUCAGGCAUCGCAUCGGAGAUGCCUCGAACGCUACCCAAGUUCAGGGCCACCAUCGAACCUCCGUCGCCUCCACUGCUGCAGUCAACACCUCUCCGCUCUGUUGAGGAAUUGGUCACGGCUCCACUUGACACGUCACUUUCAGUCCACCAGGAUGAUAGUUUCCUUAACUUUGCUGUCGCGGCUGAACAACAGGGCUCCACUGGAUUGGUAGGCCCAACACGUUGUCUUGUCGUUUUGGGAAAUUCUACUUCGAAAUUUUCUGAUGCGAAUGUAUCAGGCUGUUGGCGCUGCUUUCCCGCUUAA